GGGGGCGGCGGCGGCGGCGGCGGCGGCGGAGGCGCCUUGGGCGGGCCGGGGUUGCGGCGCGGUCCCAAGACUCGGCUCGUACGGCCUGUGGCCUGGCAGCCAUGCAUCCCCCGGCCCCGGGCCCGCUAGGUGACUGCCUGCGGGACUGGGAGGAGCUGCAGCAGGACUUCCAGAGCCUUCAGGAGACCCACCGGCUGUACCGCCUGAAGCUGGAGGAGCUGAUCAAGCUGCAGAACAGUUGUACGAGCUCUAUCACGCGGCAGAAGAAGCGGCUGCAGGAGCUGGCUCUUGUCCUCAAGCAAUGCAAACCCUCCCUUCAGUCGGAUGCCGAGGAGGCCGCACGGGAGCUGGAGAACCAGAUCAAGGAGCGCCAGGGCCUCUUCUUCGAUAUGGAGGCCUAUUUGCCCAAGAAGAAUGGGUUGUACCUGAGCCUGGUUCUAGGCAAUGUCAACGUGACACUCCUGAGCAAGCAGGCUAAGUUUGCCUACAAAGACGAGUACGAGAAGUUCAAGCUCUACCUCACCAUCAUCCUCAUCCUCAUCUCCUUCACCUGCCGCUUCCUCCUCAACUCCAGGGUGACAGAUGCCGCCUUCAACUUCCUGCUGGUCUGGUAUUACUGCACGCUGACCAUCCGAGAGAGCAUUCUCAUCAACAACGGCUCUCGGAUCAAAGGCUGGUGGGUUUUCCAUCAUUACGUGUCCACCUUCUUGUCGGGAGUCAUGCUGACGUGGCCUGACGGCCUCAUGUACCAGAAGUUCCGGAACCAAUUCUUGUCCUUCUCCAUGUACCAGAGCUUCGUUCAGUUUCUGCAGUAUUACUACCAGAGCGGUUGCCUGUACCGCCUGCGGGCCCUGGGCGAGAGGCACACCAUGGACCUCACUGUGGAGGGCUUCCAGUCCUGGAUGUGGCGGGGCCUCACCUUCCUGCUGCCGUUUCUUUUCUUUGGACACUUCUGGCAGCUUUUUAACGCGCUGACGUUGUUCAACCUGGCCCGGGAUCCUGAGUGCAAGGAGUGGCAGGUGCUUAUGUGCGGCUUCCCCUUCCUCCUCCUCUUCCUUGGCAACUUCUUCACCACCCUGCGGGUUGUGCACCAGAAAUUCCACAGUCAGAGGCAUGGGAGCAAGAAGGAAUGAGUCUGGGCUUUCCCUCGCCUGCCCGGCUCCCUACGGCACCCCUGGCCUGGAAGGGGCUUCUGGCCCCUGUGUUGAGGGGGUAGGGGGCUCCCCUCAUCCGGGAGGGUCUCUUCUCUCCCUGGGGUUUUGUGGGCUCUGUGGGCCCCAAAGGCUGUGCUGAAGAGGAACAGGCCCAGGCCUGCGGGCAGCUGGGGGCCAGCAGCCUCAAUAAAGGAAGAGCAGCACAGAG